AUAUAUAUAUAUACAUAUAUAUUUCUUUUUUUUUAAUAUCGUCGUUAAUAUUAUUAAUAAUUUCUCAGAAAGUACGAAAUAAAUACUAGUAACAGCGCAAUUAUACGAAGAAUUUUAUAUGUUUAUAUGGAUUUAAACAGUAAAAUUCAAAGAUUUUUGAAAUUAUCUUAUAGGUUCUUAUAUGAGUAAUUACUGCUACAGAGCAAGAACAACUUUGUAUAUAAUAUGGACAGAUCUCUAAAGAGAUUGUUGCGACUAUAUCCAAUAGCACGUAAUUGGACAGUCCUAUCAAAUUAUAUAAAACCAUUUCAAUCAGUACAGAGUGUAUCACGAAUAUAUAGUACUAGUUUGACAGAUCAUACACAACUGGAAGAUCUUACAUUAUUAAUGAAAAAGAACUAUGCAUCCAAUGAUAUCAGAGUACCACAUAGACCUAUGAGAAUCUUGGAAGAAGCAGCAACAAAUUAUAUGAAUAUGACUGUGCAUGAUGUUGUUGAUACAAUGUCUACAUUAUUUAAAGUAUCUAGAGAUAUAAAAGAUAUACAAAUUAUUGGAAAACACAUAGGCUUUAUACGUUUGUGUGAAGUAUUAAAUAAGGACAUUAGACUCAUGAAAACAAAUGACAUUAUUGAAAUGCUGAAAGUAUUUACAUACUUUAAAAUCCCAACCAACAGUAUUUUAACACAAUCACUGUUGCAAAUGAUUCGCACAACCAUAAAUGAAAUAUCUCUUCGAGAUAUAAUCUUUAUAGUUUUUUUAUUAAAGAAAAUGGAUAGCACACCAUUGCGAGAUGCUUUACUGAUAGCUCUGCCUCUAGUAUUUCAAGCACAGUUACCCACAAAGUUAGACUCAGAGGAUAUAGUUCUGUUAACAUGGUCUUUAAGAUUUGCAAAUGAAAAUAAUAUAAAUAAUCCAAUAAUACAAGAUACAAUACUCAAAUCACUACAGAAAUAUGAAAAUCUAGAUAUACGAACAGCUUGGUCCAUCUUUCACAGUUUAUGUUAUACGUCUCAUCUAUCUCCAACAGCUUUUGACAUAUUGUUUGAAGUACAAAAGAUUCUUAUAGCUAAUGCGAAACAAUUAAAUGUUCAAGAAAUAAUCAAGAUACUUGAAAAACUGGUGUUUGCCACUAUAAAGAACAGGGAAUAUGGAUGCAAGUUCUACAAUGAGACAUUAGUUGAUGCUUGUGUUAAUUCAGCAUUAUCUUCAAACAUUAAUUUCAAUAGCGGUAUUUAUCUACUCAAGCUAUUAAAUGAUUUAAAUUAUGCACAUAUACCCUUCUUGGAAUAUUUAGCAGCAAAAUGCUUCGAAGAGCCGAAUCUAUUAAAAGAUGCACCAUAUUUUAAAGUAUCCAUCUUCUUAAAAGGAUUUAUCAAUGCUGAUUACAAGCCAGUAUUUUGGGAUACUAUACGAGAUGCAAUAUUGGCAAAUGAAGUGGAAAAUAAAUCUUUCAGGAAAUCUAUGAUCAGAUUUGCUCUGCAUUUAACUGCAUUAGAUUGUUAUAGUCCAAAUUUAAUCAAAAAAGUUUUUUCUGAGAAUAUAAAAGCGAAUGAUACAAUGAAGGAUAUUUAUGCUAGAGAAUUAUUACUUUUAUAUCAAAGUGUUAAAACAUUGUAUCCUACAUAUGAUGGACCAUGGCCGGCGCAAGAUAUACUUGAAUAUGCUACUGUUAGUGUUAGCCCAAUUCUUCCUACAUAUUCUAUGAGAGCAGCAUUAGAACUAGCAUUAGGUGGACCUCAAUACAUUCACAAUGAUUUAAGAACAAGAUUGGGUCAUUAUAUUGACCAUGUUGUUGUAAUGAGAAAAGGCAGAUAUCCUGUUGCAAUUAACACAGUUACAUCCAGCGAAACUAACACAAUUUAUGUUGAGGAUAUACAAACACCAAGUGAAAGUCAAAUAAUACUUAUCUUCAAUUUACCCGAUACUGCUUAUGCUGUGAAUUCACAAAGAUUGAAAAGUACAUGGUUGCUAAAAAUAAAAUCUGCUGAGGCGUUAACAAAAUCCAACACAAUUGCAAUAAAUUCUAGUUCUUGGAUGAAGUUACCCGAACAUGAAAGAGUUCCUUAUUUGAUGCAAGCUAUAAGACUGAAAAGUGAGGAUCUUUCGACUUCAAUUGAUUGAAAUAUUUUGUAAUCAAUAUUAUAAAUGUCCCUAUACAAAUGUGGAUUUAUUGUCAUAUGUUCUCAAAAUUGUAGACAUUGCAAUUACAACAAAUGUAUAUUAACUAUUAAUGUACAGAAGUGUAAAUAGAAAAAUAUACACAAGUAAUAAAAUAA